AUGCAGCCGGCAAUGAUGAUGUUUUCCAGUAAAUACUGGGCAAGGAGAGGGUUUUCUCUGGAUUCAGCAGUGCCUGAAGAGCAUCAGAUACUUGGCAGCUUAACAGUUUCUACCUUCUUGAAGUUAAAUAAAGCUAACUCUGGCAAAAAUGAUGAUAAAAAAAGCAGCAAGGGGAACAGCAAAAGUGAAACUGGUCCCGAAAGUGGCAAGACGGCUGUUGUCUUCUCGUUGAAAAAUGAAGUUGGAGGAUUGGUAAAAGCGUUGAAACUCUUUCAGGAGAAACAUGUCAACAUGGUUCAUAUCGAGUCCAGGAAAUCCCGGAGAAGAAGUUCAGAGGUUGAAAUCUUCGUGGACUGUGAGUGUGGCAAAACGGAAUUUAACGAGCUCAUCCAGUUGCUGAAAUUUCAAAGUACAAUUGUAACGCUGAAUCCGCCGGAGAACAUUUGGACAGAGGAGGAAGAGCUAGAGGAUGUGCCCUGGUUCCCCCGGAAGAUCUCUGAGUUAGACAAAUGCUCUCACAGAGUUCUCAUGUAUGGUUCUGAGCUUGACGCCGAUCACCCAGGAUUUAAGGACAAUGUCUAUCGACAGAGAAGAAAGUAUUUUGUGGAUGUGGCCAUGGGUUAUAAAUAUGGCCAGCCCAUUCCCAGGGUGGAGUACACGGAGGAAGAAACAAAAACAUGGGGCGUUGUGUUCCGAGAGCUCUCCAAACUGUAUCCCACUCAUGCUUGCCGGGAGUAUUUGAAAAACUUCCCUCUGCUGACUAAACACUGUGGCUACCGGGAGGACAAUGUGCCUCAACUUGAAGAUGUGUCCGUGUUUCUCAAAGAAAGAUCAGGCUUCACGGUGAGGCCGGUGGCUGGAUACCUGAGUCCGCGAGACUUUCUGGCAGGACUGGCCUACAGAGUGUUCCAUUGCACUCAGUACGUCCGGCAUGGCUCGGACCCCCUCUACACCCCGGAACCAGAUACAUGUCAUGAACUCCUGGGACAUGUUCCACUACUCGCGGAUCCUAAGUUUGCUCAGUUUUCACAAGAAAUAGGCCUGGCAUCUUUGGGAGCAUCAGAUGAAGAUGUUCAGAAACUAGCCACCUGCUAUUUCUUCACAAUUGAGUUUGGCCUUUGCAAGCAAGAAGGGCAACUACGGGCAUAUGGAGCAGGACUACUUUCCUCCAUUGGAGAAUUGAAGCAUGCUCUUUCUGACAAGGCAUGUGUGAAAGCCUUUGACCCAAAGACCACUUGCUUACAGGAAUGCCUUAUCACCACUUUCCAGGAAGCCUACUUUGUUUCAGAAAGUUUUGAAGAAGCCAAAGAAAAGAUGAGGGACUUUGCAAAGUCAAUUACCCGUCCCUUCUCUGUGUACUUCAAUCCCUAUACACAGAGUAUUGAAAUUCUGAAAGACACCAGAAGUAUUGAAAACGUGGUGCAGGACCUUCGCAGUGAUUUGAACACAGUGUGUGAUGCCUUGAACAAAAUGAACCAGUAUCUGGGGAUUUGAUGCCUGGGACCAUUGUCAUUGCCAGAAUGAUCUUUCUGGGGCUUAGCAGCAAUUCAAUCAAUGUCAUAUAACACCAAUAACUCUCUGAGUCAUGGCUUGGCUACUGAGCAUGCAAUUCUGUACAAUUCUGCAUAUCUCUAUCUACUUGUAAUUUACUGUGUUAAUGUGUGAAACACCAUAAAGAACCCAAUG